AUGGACUCCGAGACUUCGAAGAGACGGGUAAGUGUGGCACGCCUCUUAUACCGGGUACCCGAGUUCGACGCGUCCGAGUCCGAUACUCGAGAUGGAUUUGUUCGCGAAGAAGACAGCCAAGACCAGUAUGGAUCGCCUAGCUUUGGCAGCUCCUACCUCGAUGAAGACUCCACGUCGGAGGGAAGCAGAGAGGGAAGCGACUCAAACGAACGUGCUCCGCGUUUGAAUGACAGCCGUUCUGAAGCUAGAGAUGAUGCGGAAUCACCCGAGCAGCGCCCAUCCAGCAAUGCCGUGCCACCUGAAGAUAUUCCGAGCAAGUCGAAGCGCAAGAAGUUCACCAAUGUGGAUGAUGUCGCGUUGCUUCGGCAAAUCCAGGCGGAUAUGCCAUUAAGGUAG